AUGGAAAACUACGGCUUUGGGUUUUUACCUGACAACCUUGUUGACUGGGGGGACUUUAAAAUCCACGAGGAUUUGACGUCUGGUUUGGAUAUUCCUGGCUUUAAGAUCUCUACUGGGAAGCGGGCAUAUGACGAGAUCGAGGAUAGCCCGGGUGCCUUGUUUGCAAUGCUGCGAGAGCUUCUUGAGGCGGAAUGGAAACACAAGGGGAGAGUGAAGAUGAUCUGCCGUCUGAGUAGUUAUCUCAUCCUGCGCGAGUACCGCAAGUACGCCUUGAAGCGUAUCUGCUAUGCCUUCGGCGCUUUACGGAAGGGUGCGGCCUAG